AUAGGUUGGGGGUGGUGGGUCGUAUUCAAGGGACGCCCAGGAAUAGAUCCAGCUGCGGGAAGAGCGAACACACCUGAGGCCCGCCCAGGGCUGCGCCCGUGCCCUGGUGCAGCCUGGUCGCCCAAGGGCACACCUGAAGCCAGGGGCAGCAGGCGGGACCGCGGCCACAAGCAUCGCCCACGCUCCUUGCCCCAAGCACUUCUGCGAGUCUGGGCCCUGAGCCUCGCUCUUCACACUCGGCCGCACGGGGGCCAUUUGGCGUGCCCACAGGUGGACACUCCACCCAGCCACACCUCGGCUCCCCAGGGCGCCGAGUCCCGUCCAUGACCGGCCACCCCUGCGCGCGCCACGCCUCGCUCGGCCCAGCCGCCCCCUGGGCGCGUCCCACCCCCAGGGCCUUCGGGGCCACCCUUGCCCACGCGCUCGUGCAUGCCGCUUUUCUCGCGCCCAGCCUCCCGCGUCUUGCGCCCGCCCUGACAUUCGCUCCGGACCGCCCGGCUAGCAGCCUGCCCGGCCCCUGCACCCCUGCACCCCUGCCCCGCCGCCUUCAGGCGCGCUCCCGCCCUCCCUGCGCCUCGCUCGCCGACUCGCUCGCUCGCUCGCUCGCUCCCUCCCGAUUUGGGAAGGCGGCCGCGGGGCGGGCGGGGGCGGCGGGGCGGGGGAGGGUGACAUGUGAGCGGCGCCCGGCGGCAGGUGGAAAGGCGAGCGGCAUGGAGCGCGUAAUAAGAGAGUUGGAGUCGGAAAGAGCCGCCCCAGUCGCCGGGGAAGCGGGCGGUCAGUGCGGGCUCCGGCGGCCCCCAGGCUCUGAGCACCCGCCCCCGACCCCGGCGUGGCCCCAGCCAGGCCCCUAGCCCCUCGCCGCCCGCGCCCAUCCCGGGUCGCUCCGCCGGCCCCGGGUCCGAGCCAUGAGCCGCUGAGCGCCCCGAGCGCGCCCCCGCCCCGGACUUUGCCCGGGCCACGGCCGCCCCCCCGCCCGGCGCCGCCCAUGGCCGAGGCCCCCCCGCGUCGCCUCGGCCUGGGCCCCCCGCCCGGGGACGCCCCCCGCGCCGAGCUGGUGGCGCUCACGGCGGUGCAGAGCGAGCAGGGCGAGGCGGGCAGGGGCGGCUCCCCGCGCCGCCUGGGCCUUCUGGGCAGCCCCCUGCCGCCGGGCGCGCCCCUCCCUGGGCCGGGCUCGGGCUCGGGCUCCGCCUGCGGCCAGCGCUCCUCGGCUGCACACAAGCGCUACCGACGCCUGCAGAACUGGGUCUACAACGUGCUGGAGCGACCCCGCGGCUGGGCCUUCGUCUACCACGUCUUCAUAUUUUUGCUGGUCUUCAGCUGCCUGGUGCUGUCCGUGCUGUCCACUAUUCAGGAACACCAGGAACUUGCCAACGAGUGUCUCCUCAUCUUGGAAUUCGUGAUGAUCGUGGUCUUUGGCUUGGAGUAUAUCGUGCGCGUGUGGUCAGCAGGAUGCUGUUGCCGCUACCGAGGAUGGCAGGGCCGCUUGCGCUUUGCCAGGAAACCCUUCUGCGUCAUAGACUUCAUCGUGUUCGUGGCCUCGGUGGCCGUCAUCGCCGCAGGCACCCAGGGCAACAUCUUUGCCACAUCAGCCCUGCGCAGCAUGCGCUUCCUGCAGAUUCUGCGCAUGGUGCGCAUGGACCGCCGCGGCGGCACCUGGAAGCUGCUGGGCUCUGUGGUCUACGCGCACAGCAAGGAGCUGAUCACCGCCUGGUACAUUGGGUUCCUGGUGCUCAUCUUUGCCUCCUUCCUGGUCUACCUGGCCGAAAAGGAUGCCAACUCUGACUUCUCCUCUUACGCGGACUCGCUCUGGUGGGGGACGAUCACGCUGACGACCAUCGGCUAUGGUGACAAGACCCCGCACACAUGGCUGGGUAGGGUCCUGGCUGCUGGCUUCGCCUUACUGGGCAUCUCCUUCUUCGCCCUGCCUGCUGGCAUCCUAGGCUCAGGCUUCGCCCUGAAGGUUCAGGAGCAGCACCGGCAGAAGCACUUUGAGAAGCGGAGGAUGCCCGCGGCCAACCUCAUCCAGGCUGCGUGGCGCCUAUACUCCACUGAUACGAGCCGGGCCUACCUGACGGCCACCUGGUACUACUACGACAGCCUCCUGCCGUCCUUCAGAGAGCUGGCCCUCUUGUUUGAGCACGUGCAACGGGCCCGCAAUGGGGGCCUCCGGCCCCUGGAGGUGCGGCGGGCGCCGGUCCCCGAUGGAGCGCCCUCCCGUUACCCACCCGUUGCCACCUGCCACCGGCCAGGCAGCACCUCCUUCUGCCCUGGGGAAAGCAGCCGGAUGGGCAUCAAAGACCGCAUCCGCAUGGGCAGCUCCCAGCGGCGGAUGGGUCCUUCCAAGCACCACCUGGCACCUCCGCCGACACCCACCUCCCCAGGCGCCGAACAGGCGGGCGAGGGCAGCAGCCCCACCAAGGUGCAGAAAAGCUGGAGCUUCAAUGACCGCACCCGCUUCCGAGCCUCCCUGAGACUCAAACCCCGCAGCUCUGCCGAGGAGGGCCCUUCAGAAGAGGUGGUGGAAGAGAAGAGCUACCAGUGUGAGCUCACGGUGGACGAUGUCAUGCCUGCGGUGAAGACGGUCAUCCGCUCCGUCAGGAUCCUAAAGUUUCUGGUGGCCAAACGGAAAUUCAAAGAGACCCUGCGACCGUAUGAUGUGAAAGACGUCAUUGAGCAAUACUCGGCAGGGCACCUGGACAUGCUGGGCCGGAUCAAGAGUCUGCAGGCUCGGGUGGACCAGAUUGUGGGCCGGGGGUCCGCUGACCGGAAGGCCCGGGAGAAGGGCGACAAGGGACAUACUGAAGCUGAGGCGGUGGAUGAAAUCAGCAUGAUGGGGCGCGUGGUCAAGGUGGAGAAGCAGGUGCAGUCCAUCGAGCACAAGCUGGACCUGCUGCUGGGCUUCUAUUCGCGCUGCCUGCGCUCCGGCACCUCGGCCAGCCUGGGGACCGUGCAAGUGCCGCUCUUUGACCCCGACAUCACCUCAGACUACCACAGCCCUGUGGACCACGAGGACAUCUCCGUCUCGGCACAGACGCUCAGCAUCUCCCGCUCGGUCAGCACCAACAUGGACUGAGGGGCUACUCGGAAGGACGGGACGGCUUCCAGGUCCCCGCCCUCCAAGGCCUCGGACUCCUCUCUUACUUGAACUUGCUCCCCGAACUCGGGGAGAGGCCACACGCAGUAUUGAGCUGCCUGGGUGGGCGACAUGCCAGCCCCAGGAGCGCGAGAUGCCAGGCUGCACGGAGGGCACGCCCUGGGUGGGGGGUACCUUCCCUCCCUCCGUGCCCUGCACGCUCGCUCCAUCAAGGCCCAACCGCAGCUCGACUGGCCGGGGCAGCACCGUCCCUGGAGUGGAGCAGAGCGCUGGGGCCCUGGGCCCUGACUCAGCUUCCAGCUAUGCAAGGUGAGGUCUCUGGCCUGCCCUCUGGACAGAGCAGGGAAGCCCUCCCGCCAAGACCCCACCCCGCUUGGGGGUGGGCCCAAGGUGCCCCACAGUACCCACAAAGCACAGGACCCUGCCGCGUGGCAGGUGGGCACCAUAUAUGCAACUCUGUUAAAUAUGCAAUUUUGUGGACCCCCAUGGGGUCCCUUGCCCCUCCCACUGGGAGAUGGCCCCCAGCAGUAGCUGGUCUCAGGCUGCUUGGCCAGGUCCCUAUCCCCUUUGGCUUGUCACCCUGUCCCCACGCAGCAUGGGGCCUGUUUCUCCCCUGCCCACUCCCACCCCGGGCAGUGCCUGGGCUGAUCUCCUUUGCAGGCGUCACCUCCCAGGAAUUCCCUCCUGCCACUGGGUGGCCCCUGUUUUGGGCUCUCCGCUGACAGCACAAA